AUGAAGUGUCACAAGCGGCUUACGUUGGACAUCUGGAUCCUGCUGGUGUACGUGCUAGAUAUCACCAGCGGUGGCAUCCAGCAGAGUCAGCCCAUCGACGGGUAUAAAUCAUUCCUCGAGACCAGCACGGCCCAUCUGAGCGCGUACGUUGCGGCCGCCUCGAUAGCGUCCUCGGCGCAGGGUGGCUCGGUGGGCUCGGCGACGUCCCACCAUCAGCAGCCGCAGCAGCAGCAUGUCCAGCCGCAAUCGCUGGUCCAAGCCGGAAAGUGGGAGGAUCCCUACUUCGACGACACGACGCCGAGGAAUGUGACCGCGCUCGUCGGCAAAUCCGCUUAUCUGAGCUGUCGUGUGAAGAACCUGGCCAACAAAACGGUCUCGUGGAUUCGGCAUCGGGACAUCCACAUACUCACCGUCGGCAGCUACACGUACACGUCAGACCAGCGGUUCCAGGCGACGCACCACAAGAACACCGACGACUGGACGCUCCAGAUCAAGUGGGCCCAGAAGCGGGACGCCGGCAUCUACGAGUGCCAGAUAUCGACCCAGCCGGUGCGCAGCUACUUCGUGACGCUCAGCGUCGUCGUCCCGACGGCAACGAUCAUCGGAGGGCCGGACCUGCACGUGGACAAGGGCAGCACCAUCAACCUGACCUGUGCGGUCAAGUACAGCCCGGAGCCGCCGGCGUACAUCUUCUGGUAUCACCACGACGAGGUGAUCAGCUACGACUCGAGCCGCGGCGGCGUGUCGGUCAUCACGGAGAAGGGCGACGUCACGACGUCCCAUCUGCUCAUCCAGAACGCCGACCUGGACGACUCGGGCAAGUACUCCUGCUCGCCGUCCAACGCGGACGUCGCCAGCGUACGAGUGCACGUGCUGAACGUUCGGGCGGUCGUUUCAGGUGAACAUCCGGAGGCGAUGCAAACGGGAGGUGUCGGGGCACAGCGGGCCAUCAUUCCCUCCGACACCCGGGCGCUCCUGGUCGGGCUGCUGCUGCUCACGGUCGCCCAGGUCGUGGCCCGCCAGUUGCACAAUCUUUUCGCUCCAACGCACCGCCGGACUCCGACGUCCACCGCUGCCCGGUCACAAGCGAGUCAACGUUCGGGUCUAGCGAAACCACUGGAGGCACCGACAACGACGACGACGACAACGACGACGUCCCUGGCGACUCCGACACCGGGGUCGGACAUGCCACACUCGAGGCAAACUUUGCGCCCCAAUCCGUGUGGCAGCGAGUUCCGGCGGCGGCUCGUGCGGUGCGAUAACGAAAGAUGA